AUGGCUAGCUUCGCUCUGCUCUCACUGCUCUCCUUCGUGGCUUUUAUGAGCGCUGUUCAAGCCAGCAUCCUAGCUGGCGGUUGGCUCGUUUACUGCGGCGGACAAGCAGGCGAUAUCCCGCCCGGAUAUAUCUACGCCUGUUUCGAGUCCAAAGUCGGACCUGUCACCCGAACGCUUGAUCACGACGGGACUUCGAUCAUCUUCACUGAUUCACACGACCCUAACAAAUUUGCCGUUGCUCUGAACGACGUAGGCUCGACAGCAUCGUUUGAGGUGUCGGGCUGGCGAGUCGAGGUGGAGUCGGACCAGUUUCGCAGCAGAGAUGGCUGCGUCAAUCUUAUAUUCUUCAGCAGCAAAGGACCUGAACAUAUCAGCAACCUGAUCAAGACUUGUCCUGUAGCAGGUCCCAUCACGAUCACCAAGGAUUUGUUCCAAUCGUGA